AUGGUAUCAACCAGAGCUACGUCGUGAGGAUGUUGAGAGAAUUCUACCUGAUGAAAGAAGUGGUGUUUUCAUUGUUAGAGAUUACUAUGACAGUGUGAAAGGAAUCUUUAUGGAUAUGUUAUUUCACUAAAAGAUCACAACGGGAAAAUUCGUCACCACAAAAUUACAAAAAAUAGCAAUCAAGGCCUUGCUAUAAGUGGAUAUGAUGGGAAAACCUUCAACAAUCUACAUCAUCUUCUUAGUUUUUUCAUUGCCUCGCAAAAGAAAACUAUUGCUUUGAUCCCAUUUGAACCACCCAAAUCAGGUCCUGCCGAGAAGAGCUCCCAUAAGACCAUCAGGUCGGUCACAGUCUGUUCAAGGUCCGUUAAUACAUCCUCCUUCUAACAUGAACCAUAGAGGAUCAUACGAUGGUGGGCUUCCUGGACUUCCACAAAUUCCAGAUGAAGAUCCACAAUAUCUGAAUAUGAAAGGACGUCCUCGAGCUCUUCCCAAUAUUCAUGAUCGGGAUGAAGAAACAGAAGUUUGUUAUAUUGAUAUGAAAUCACCAACGUGUAAAGAUACAACUUCCACUGAUUAUGUAAUAUCCCCGUCAGGUCCUGCUCCAUCGAAUCAUUCAGAAUACAUCAAUGUCCCUACGUAUUCCAGUGAUAAUGUCCAACGUGAUGCCAACAGUAAUGUUACGAGCUGUGAUCCUGAAAUCCAUUCUGAUUUGUUGUAUAUUGAUAUACCCCCAAAAGUACCACCAAGAAGUGACUCGCAGGAGAGAGACAAUGCAGGAAUUGGAGAACCUUCUAAACCACCGUUGCGUCGAGUUCAAACUUUACAAAGUUAGAAGUACGGUAUUAGUACCAGUGCAGUGUUAGAAGUACAGAAAAUAUUUUGCAUCGUUAACAUUUUGCGUCGUUAGUUCUGCUGAGCUUUUAACGUCUUUAGUGCCUUUAUGCCAUUGAAUUACAAAACAUCUAAUUCUUCAAACGUAUGUCUGCUAAAACGUGUUCGACGUGACAUAGUUUAAUGUAUCUUGCUCAAGCCACUCAUCGUUGAUUGCCGACACUACAUUGACGAACAUCAUCUGGGAAGCUUAUGCUGUUUUAUCAGUAGAAUUUAGAAGCAUGGUCUUUGAAUAAUGUUAAUAUUAAUAAUGGUUUCAAUUGAGCUGGGCCUAACAUUUUUUUAUUGUACAUGUAUAUUUUUUUUAAUUGAUUUUAUUGGAAUUUUGGAAUUGUAACUGACAUAUAUUCAUCACUCAAGUAAAUUAAUUUUCGCCUUUUAGAAUAUCGUAUUGCGAUUUUUUUAAAAUGAAUUAAAUGUAUCAAAUUGUA